CGUCGCGCCGGCGCCGCUAGGAGAGGCCGGCGCGAAGGGGAAGGGGCCGGCGGCUGCGGCGGCCAAUGCGAAACUGGCUGGUGCUGCUGUGCCCCUGUGUGGUCGGGGUCGCGCUGCACCUCUGGCUGCUGCUGAGCUGCCCCGGGAGCCACCCGGCAGGUCCACUGUCCUUCUUUCCUCAGUGGAAGCUGAAACACUAUGAUGUUAUUGUAGGUGUUUUGUCAGCUCGACACAAUCAUGAACUACGCAGUGUUAUAAGGAACACUUGGUUCAAGCACCUGAAACAGCAUCCUGCCCUGAACCAACGUGUCCUUGUGAAGUUUAUAAUAGGUGCGCAUGGUUGUGCUGUGCCUGUGAAGGACAGAGAAGACCCCUACUCCUGCAAACUUCUGAACAUCAGUAACCCAGUUUUGAAUCAGGAAAUUGAAGCAUUCAGUCUCCCUGAGGACAUACCUUCUGUGCUGUCUGAAGACAGAAUUGUCAGUGUGAACUUCCGUGUACUUUACCCCAUUGUCAUCACCAGCCUUGGGGUAUUUUAUGAGGCUGAUGGGGUGGGAUUCCAGAGGAACAUCACUGUAAAGCUGUACCAGGCAGAACAUGAGGAAGCGAUCUUCAGUGCUCGCUUUAGUCCACCGAGCUGUGGAGUGCAGGUGAACAGAUUGUGGUACAAGCCAGUAGAGCAGUUUAUUUUGCCAGAGAGUUUUGAAGGUACCAUUGUAUGGGAGAGCCAGGAUCUUCAGGGCUUGGUUUCAAGAAACCUUCAUAAAGUAAUGGUGAAUGAUGGAGGAGGUGUUUUCAGAGUCAUUACAGCAGGGGAAGGGUCACUGCCACAUGAGCUCACGGAAGGUGUGGAGGGAAUAGCAGGUGGUUUUAUCUACACUAUUCAAGAAGGUGAUGCUCUUUUAAAAAGCCUCCAUACUCGCCCAGAGAGGUUUGCAAGUCACAUAAAAAACCUUGAGAAAGAAGAUGCUUUAUUGAAGGAAGAGAGCAGUACCUAUGAUGACAUUGUGUUUGUAGAUGUGAUUGACACUUACAGAAACGUUCCCUCCAAACUGCUGAACUUCUACCGAUGGACAGUUGAAUCAACGAGUUUUGACUUAUUGCUGAAGACAGAUGAUGACUGUUACAUUGAUUUGGAAGCUGUUUUUAACAGGAUAAUGCAGAAAAAAUUGGACAGGCCAAACAUCUGGUGGGGAAAUUUCAGACUAAAUUGGGCAGUUGAUCGAACUGGGAAAUGGCAAGAACUGGAGUAUCCAAGUCCUGCAUAUCCAGCCUUUGCUUGUGGGUCUGGCUAUGUCAUCUCCAAAGACAUUGUGCAGUGGCUGGCAAGCAACUCUGAAAGAUUAAAAACAUACCAGGGUGAAGAUGUGAGUAUGGGAAUCUGGAUGGCAGCAAUAGGGCCUAAGCGAUAUCAAGAUGGUCUCUGGUUGUGUGAGAAAACGUGUGAGAGUGGAAUGCUGUCUUCCCCCCAGUACUCUCCCCAGGAACUGGGAGAGCUCUGGAGAUUAAAGGAACUGUGUGGAGAUCCAUGUAAGUGUGAGGAAAGAUGAUGGACUUGCCUGGAAAACAGGGUAGUGUAUGAUGACCACAGACAAGUGUACAUUUGGAUUCAUUCCUGGAACAAUAAGAAAUGCUAAGGUACCUUUAAAUGUUGGGUUUCAACUAAAGUAUAAUAAUAUUUGCACAUCCCUUUUGAUAAUUACAAGUGGACUGAUACUAUUAAUUUUCUAUAGUAUAGAUAUUGAUCAGACAAAAACCAAAAUGUUCAAGAUUUAAAAAAAAUCCUUUUUCUAUAAAGUCAAAGACCUACUUGUAAUUAAUAAAUGCACAUAAGAAUGCCAACUAGCCUGUCUUUUGUAAAUUAAAGCACUACUGAUUUGACUCAGUAUAGGGCUGUUCCAGGAUCCCAGGGAGAGCUGUGCUGAGCACCAGGGCAGCUGGUAAGUCUUGCUGCAGCAGGUUCUGUGCUGUCUAAGGGGUUGUCCUCAUGUGUGCAGGGAUGGGGACAGCAGUGGGGGUUAGGAUUUGUGAUUACUUUGAUUAUACCGUUGUCAUUUUAGAUAAAAAUAAAAUCAAGGUUUGCUUAUACCAAAUCUUCAAGUACUGCAAACUUGGCCUGAUAUAGGAGGGAUUUCUGAGAGCUCACUGUGUUACUAGAUCUGAAUCUGAGGUUGCACAAGUGAAAGUAAAAUAAGACUGAGGAACAGCAUGCUAAAGACUGUAAAAUAAAUAACAAUGCCUUGCA